AUGGCACAGUAUGAACUCAUCGAAUUAAUGCCACAGUAUGAACUCAUCGACGUAAUGCCACAGUAUGAACUCAUCGACUUAAUGGCACAGUAUGAACUCAUCGACGUAAUGCCACAGUAUGAACUCAUCGACUUAAUGCCACAGUAUGAACUCAUCGACUUAAUGGCACAGUAUGAACUCAUCGACGUAAUGGCACAGUAUGAACUCAUCGACUUAAUGGCACAGUAUGAACUCAUCGACGUAAUGCCACAGUAUGAACUCAUCGACUUAAUGCCACAGUAUGAACUCAUCGACGUAAUGCCACAGUAUGAACUCAUCGACUUAAUGCCACAGUAUGAACUCAUCGACGUAAUGCCACAGUAUGAACUCAUCGACUUAAUGGCACAGUAUGAACUCAUCGACGUAAUGCCACAGUAUGAACUCAUCGACUUAAUGCCACAGUAUGAACUCAUCGACUUAAUGGCACAGUAUGAACUCAUCGACGUAAUGGCACAGUAUGAACUCAUCGACUUAAUGGCACAGUAUGAACUCAUCGACGUAAUGCCACAGUAUGAACUCAUCGACUUAAUGCCACAGUAUGAACUCAUCGACGUAAUGCCACAGUAUGAACUCAUCGACUUAAUGGCACAGUAUGAACUCAUCGACGUAAUGGCACAGUAUAAACUUAUCGAAGUCCAGAAAGAAUUUGUUCUCACUCCUCUAAUGCUGACCCAACAAGGGCUAUUAAUUGCAGUUGGCGUCUGGCUAGAGAUAGGGUGA